UCUCACAAUUCUUCAGCCGAUACAUUCUCUAGGGUUCAUAGCUUAGUGUUAUUCAAUUGCUUUAGUAUGCUUGUUCUUAGAUUUAGUGUUCAUCGAAAUUAGUAUGGCACAUCUUGUCUGUUUGACGCUACCCAGCAACAUUCGCUUUGAAAACGUUGCCGGAAAAGUAGUUCUAAUCACCGGAGCUUCCUCCGGCAUUGGAGAGCAUGUGGCAUACGAGUAUGCAAAGAAAGGAGCAAAUUUAGCUCUUGUUGCUCGAAGAAAGGAUCGUCUAGAGAUAGUAGCAGAAACAUCACGUCAAUUAGGAACUGGCGAGGUCAUCGUCAUACCUGGUGAUGUUGCUAAUGUUGAUGACUGCAAGAAGUUCAUCGACGAGACGAUUCAUCAUUUCGGAAAACUAGACCACCUGAUCAACAAUGCUGGAGUACCUCAAACUGUUAUUUUCGAAGAUUUCACACAAAUUCAAGACGCUAAUCCUAUAAUGGCAAGCAAAGCAGCUUUAGUAAAAUUCUUUGAAACAUUAAGAGUUGAGAUCAGUCCAGAUAUCAAAAUAACAAUCGCUGUUCCCGGAUUUAUAUCUACAGAUAUGACCACUCCUCAGUUUAAAGAAAUGCAUGUGGCAUACGAGUACGCAAAGAAAGGAGCAUAUUUGGCUCUUGUUGCUCGAAGAAGGGAUCGUCUAGAGAUUGUAGCAGAAACAUCACGUCAGUUAGGAUCUGGUAAUGUCAUCACCAUACCUGGUGAUGUUUCUAAUGUUGAGGACUGCAAGAAGUUCAUUGAUGAGACGAUUCGUCAUUUCGGAAAACUAGACCACCUGAUCAACAAUGCUGGUAUAUUUCAAACUGUUCUUUUCGAAGAUUUCACUCAAAUUCAAGACGCAAAUCCUAUAAUGGACAUCAACUUUUGGGGCACAACAUACAUAACUUAUUUUGCAAUUCCUCAUCUUCGAAAGAGUAAAGGAAAAAUCGUCGCGAUUACAUCUGGUUCAGCAAAUAUACCUUUGCCAUUGGCAAGCAUAUAUGCAGCAAGCAAAGCAGCAUUAUUAAGAUUCUUUGAGACACUAAGAAUAGAGCUAAGUCCGGAUAUCAAAAUAACAAUUGUUCUCCCAGGAGUUGUAUCAACAGAUAUGACCACACCUCACUGUAUAGAAAAGUAUGGUUCAGAUUUUAUUCUAUCGGAAUCAGUGGGUAAAUGCGCAAAAGCAAUCUUCAAAGGUAUUGGCAGAGGAGAUGCAUACAUAGAAGAACCAUCUUGGGUGAAAUGGUUGUUUAUAAUGAAAAAUUUAUGUCCCGAAAUCGUUGAUUACGGUCUCAACUUUUUAUUUGUUAGUUAUCUCAAACCUUAUUUCAAGCGUGAUUGAUCAUAACAAUCUAUCCAAAAUCUGUACUCUUUAAAGAAGGAUUGUGUUCCUAUGAUGGGAUAUUAUUCAAUAAAAGGUAUAAUGGUUGAUUCGUUUGGUCUUUCGCAUAUGGAUUUAGUGUCGUCAUUCACCAAGUUUUUUAACCGCAAAUGUUUGACACCUUUAGCUAAGAAAAAAGUAACUUGUUC